CAUAAUUUACACAUACUUUCAACCUUGUUCCUAGGGCUCACUUUGCCGUCCGAUAUGAUAUAUUUCGAAUAUAGACGCCAUUAAUUAGCAUUGUUAUCAAAACUUUUAGCCAAAUAUUUUUUUGUGACCUUCUUUUUCAUCAGUUCGCUGAUAUAUUUUGUUUUGACAUGUAUAGUUUUUUAAGACAUGUGUUUUGUUGUCAUUCAUUGAUAUAUAGUUUUUUCUAUGAAACUUUGAUUUUUGUCAUAUUGGUGUUGGUGCUCUGGUAGUUGGGUAUUCCGGUAUUCCGAUUACGUAGCGUUUCCGUGUUCCCGGUUUUCUUACGCCCUGGGCACUUUCGAUUUAAGAUUUUUGGGUUUGAGCCAGCAUCCUGCAAGUACCUUACUUUACUUGGCUGGAGUUUCUCAGUGCUGUUAAAUACAUAAACAAAUGUAAACAUGAACAUGCAAUACAACGUCUAUCCUUUAUUCUUGGUACUAAUGGUAGCUGUUGCACCAAUCUGGACCACCUGUCCUACACAGUGCCAAUGUAAGCAAGGCAGUGUUAACUGCCACCGACAAAAUCUGACAUCAGAAGAUUUAAAAGUUCUGGCAGCUAACUUACCCUUGGACACAUACGAGCUAACUUUGUCUGAAAACUUGCUGGAAUAUUUUCCUGUUGAAAAUUUCACGCAUUUGACAAAAUUGAAUGGGCUCACAUUGAGUCAAAACCUUAUUAGCGAGUAUCCGAAGAAUCUGUCUGUAUACAUGCCAUCUCUCGUAAGUAUUUUGAUAAAUCAAAAUAAAUUGGUUACACUCGAAGCUGAUGAUUUGAUUGGUUAUGAAAACAUUGAAACACUCGAUUUGUAUGGAAACAAAAUAACGGAGUUACCAGCAGGUUGCUUUAAACAUGCACCAAAACUGAAAGAGCUCUUUUUAGAAAAAAAUCAGAUCAGUAGUAUUUCUAAAGAUGCGUUUACCGCAUUGACAGAGUUGGAGACGCUUAGUUUGGAGAACAACGCUCUCAAAGAUGUGGAAGUUGGCACCUUCGAUAACCAAAAAAACAUGCGAAAAAUUUGGUUGAGUGGAAACGACUUAACAAGAAUUCAUCCUAACUUGUUUACUUCGUUUUCCUCUAUGCUUUUUAAAAUGCAUUUAAAUAAUAAUAGUUUGACUACACUGGAGCCUGGUACUUUUAAAAACUUGAAGAUUGUCGCCCUCGACCUGUCAUAUAAUGGUAUAAGCACGAUAAAGAAAUCUGUCUUCGAAAAAACAGACGUGUUUAGAACAUUAAACCUAGAAAAUAACCCAAUAUCAUGUGACUGCCAUCUCUAUGAAGUUUUUAAAAACUUAAAAGCUCUCCGGCCCAGUGUUUCCGUUACGGGACAGUGUUUCUCUCCAGAAUCUGUGAGAAAGGAUUUAAUUAUGAAUGUGGUUGGACCGAACAAGUUGAACUGCACAGUAUGCACUUAUAGCCCAUGUUUAAAUGGAGCCACGUGUGUUGUUGUAACCGAAAACUCCUACAACUGUAGCUGUCCUUUUGGAUUUCGAGGAAAACAUUGUGAGGAGAAAAUUAUGUGCGCAAUUAACCCAUGUCACAAUAAUGGAACCUGCAAUGUUCUUAACUCCACCACUUAUAAUUGUAGUUGCCUGCUCGGUUAUAAUGGUAAAGAUUGCGAAAAUAAGGUGAUGUGUGCUAUAAACCCUUGUCUAAACAAUGGCACGUGCGUCGUUUUAAAUCCGAAGGAGUAUAAAUGCAGUUGCGUUGGUAAUUUUAAAGGAAAUCGUUGUGAGGUUAAAAUAGAAAAGAAGGAGGAGAGUGGCCUUAAAGCUGGUAUGAUCGCUGCUAUUGUAUUGAUUGUUUUAGCGCUCCUUGCUGUUGUGAUUGUGAUUGUAGCGUAUAGACACAAGCAUGCCACUGGUACGGAGGCCGAAAAGAAGCCGUUAGCUUCAGCUGUUCGUACCUAACUUGUAAAUGCAGCAUGAAUUGAAUGGAAAGCGAUUAUGUGAAAAAAAAAACAGCUGAAUAUUUUGUGAGAAAUUUGUCAAAUUUCUAGAGUGAAUUUAUUAUAAAAUGUGUUACUUGAACAUUUGAUGAAUUUUACACCUUCGUUGAAUUUUUAUGAUAAAAGAUGGUAUUAAUUCGCAAAAAUUAUUAAUUAUUUUGAUGGCUAUAUAGGGUAAAUAUUUUCUUUUUCUUUAUGAACUUGUUUCAUUUUUUUUUUCUAUUGACCGUGUUUUUUCUGAUAACCAACCUAUUGGACGCGAUCCUGUGUCCGCAUAUUUCCGCGUUUAAACGUAGAGAUUAAAUUUACUUUUAAACAACGAAAAUUUCCGUCAGCCAAUCAAAAUGCUUGAAAUGUCCUACCAAGUGGAAAUGAGCCUUAAAACAAUGUGUUGACUGUGAGAGAACGUUUAUCAACUUCGUUUUAUCCCCCUAUAGUAACCAAUCAUAAAUCAUCGUUGACUGUCCCCCUUAAAAAAACUUUUUUCCACUUUAAGGAUCUCGGAUAAGUUUGUUUUGAAAUUUUGUUCUCCCCUUCAGGUUGUUCGCCCAUUUUUUUUUUAAGAAACAUUUAUUUGCAAUACAAAUGCUGUGCUCUUCAAUUUUGAAUUCAAAUGUGUACCAAGCGAAUUCUUUUUCGAUUUAAACGAAUUUUAGUUCUGCAUUUUUUAUAAACAAAGGAAGUUAAAAUAUUGGACAAAAGCCAAUAAACAGGAAAAAUUGAUUAGAAACCUCAAAUCAACUUUCGUUGUUUCCUUUAUUGACGGCGUAUUAAAAAUUCUGUAUCUUAAUAUUUUAAAUUAUUCUCUUAGUAACUGUGUUAGUACUUUAAAUGAAGGACACUUGUAUGUGGAGGAAAAUUUUACAAAAUUUUAAGGGAAUAAAUUUUUUGCAAAAUAGUAAGAUUAGUUAAAAUUCGCGAAAAUAAGAUACAACGAAGAUAUUGAUGAAGUCUUUUCUUUGAGUUCCUAAACAAUGAUGCAACUUGGUUGUUUAAUUUACGAGGUUUCGAGUUAUAUUUUUUUAAAUUGUAAAAUUUUUUGUUAAAUUGUAAAAUAAUUGUUGUCGUUCAUAAAAUAACUUUAUUCCAUAAA